AUGUAUGGACAACAGGAUUCGAGCGAUAUUUUGUUCCGCAUCAACGUCUCCGACUGGGUAUCUUCACCGGGCGUCAAUCAUUCCAGAACACAUGUUUCCGCCCCGUUUGAGGUGAGUUCAUAUUCGAGAGAUGGGAACCGCAACGUUACCUUUGGAAGCAAGGAACAGCUGGCGACCUACACAGAGCCGAAGCUGAAUGUGAACCUAGGUGAAAAAUUCGAGUCAUACAUUCCGAAGCGAGAUGAGGAUGUGGGGGUGGAAACCGUGGUGAAAGCCUUGCAGUCAAAGCAAUUUGACAUAGAUACCCAAGCAGAUAUUGUAACAUACAGGAAUAAUAUGAAUAAGAUUGGCGGGACCCCAUACGAGAACAGGGACGGGUGGGAGCUCGACUGUGCCUUGGUAGCGAAAACGGUUUACUUAGAUAUUCGAAAGACCAACAAGGAAUCUACCGACCCUCAACAACAGCGGUUUAUGUACUAUGGCUAUCGAUUUGAAUCGUUGUGUACAGGUCUGGAAGAUGAACCAGUGAAUGCGAAUUCCGAAUACUGCAGCAUAUCACGGCUGCGAAUCGCCAACCACAGAAUUCUGAUGGCAUCAGAAAUCGAUUGUUCCAGCGGCGCACCAGACAAGGGCGGGAACCCACUCAACGGGUACAUUGAGCUCAAAACGAUGCGUGUUAUUGAAAAUGAACGGGCUUUGAACAGUAUGUACCGCUUUCGCUUUCUCAAGUAUUGGCUCCAGUCCUACCUUGGAGGUGUUCCAACGAUCAUGCUCGGCCUACGCUCAGACGCAGGCGAUCUUCUUCACGUGAAGAAAGUGAAGACACAUGAAAUACCUCGAGAAGCGCGGCACCAUUUUGACAAAACAAGGUCCAACAAUAGGUGGGACCCCUUCGUUUGCAUCAACUUCCUAGACUGCAUUCUUGCGUCGAUUCGCGAAGUAUGUCAUGAUCAUCCUGGCUGUACUAUCCGGGUGCGGUUCGACCCUUCAUCAAAGCAGGUGACGGCUGUUAAGGUGACAGGGGUUGAUGCCGGUUUGGCACCGCGAAUCAGUCAACUACGACAAGAAGCGACAGCAGGAUAA